AUGUCUUGGCUCGCGGGGUAUGGGGAUACUGAUGAAGAUGAUAACGACAACCUGGGCGUGGACUGGGUACUACAAUAUGACUUUGGAGACAUUGAUCAAGCUCAAGUUAUUACAGAGUUUCGAACGCUUAUUGACGACCUGACUGAGGCUGGUCUUCGGGUUCAGGUUCGUCACGGCCACGGUCAAGCGCUAUUAGUUUGCAUUCGGGUUCCCCGGGAUCAUCUAGGGAAUUUAGUACACCAGUCAAGAAUCAAAGAUUGGUUGUUUGGGAUUACCCAUACCUUACCGGAUGGCGACGAAACAGCCAUCGCCGACGCUGAUACACCAUCCGAAGAGAUCCGCUCGGUAUACCACGCCGUCACCUGGGCAAAGGAAAUAGGAGGUGCAGGCAUCACACCAGGUGUUGGAAAAUGGGAGAACGUUACUGCCUCGUUUCCGUUACAUGACCAGGACGCCUGUGCGGAAAUGCUACGCCAAUGGAAUCGGAAAACCGUGUUGACGACUAGCGAUUUAGAUGCAAUUCGAGCCUUAUUUGGCGAAAAGGUCGCUUUCUACUACGCUUUUAUUCAUUGCUAUUCGCUAUUCCUUGUGGUGCCUGCAGCAUUGGGAAUUCUCGGAUGGCUAUAUCUUGGCCCAUAUUCCAUUGUAUAUGGAACCAUGCUUUGCGCCUGGUGCAUUGUGUUUGUCGAGUACUGGAAGAUUCGAGAGGCCGAUUUAAGUCAGAGAUGGGAUGUCAAAGGCGUGGGACGACUCAAGGUGAAUCGCAAACAGUAUGUUUGGGAGAAAGAGGUCAAGGACCCAAUCAGUGGACAGGUGAAACAGGUCUUCCCAGGUUGGAAGCAGUUUACACGCCAGCUGCUUCUGGUUCCUUUUGCUUCUGUUGCAAGCGUGGCCCUCGGAGCUUUGAUUAUUGCGUCGUUCGCAUCAGAGGUAUUCAUAUCCGAGGUGUAUGACGGUCCAUUCAAGGGGUAUCUUGAAUUCGUACCGACUGUCCUGUUUUCGCUAUCCUUGCCUGCCAUAACCUCGUUUCUCACGAACAUCGCAACCCGCUUGACUGAGUACGAGAACUACCGAACGCAAGAUCAGUACGAUCUCGCUCAGACUCAAAAGAGUUUUGUCAUGAAUUUCAUCACCUCUUUCCUCCCCACGAUCUUGACUGCCUAUGUCUAUGUUCCCUUCGGCAAAGAAAUCGUUCCCAAACUCGACGUUCUCCGAAGAACGGGGUUCAGGGCCGACUUGGUCACCCGACAGAAGGAAUUCGAGGUCGAUACAAGCCGAUUCCAGCAGGAGGUGAUAUAUCUCUCCAUGACAGCUCAGGUCUUUAGCUUCUGUGAGGAGGUUGUCCUACCAUAUGUGAAGCAUGUCUUGAGACAGAAAUGGCAAAACUAUCGGGAUCGCAAGGCGAAAGACAGUCACAAGCGGAAGUAUUCCACAGCGACUGACCUGUUCUUAAUUGACCCGCCAGACGAAGCUGCAUUUAUGACAAGACUGCGUAGCGAGGCCGGCGCAGAGGAAUACCACGUGGAGGAGGAUAUUAUGGAGAUGUGUGUACAAUUUGGCUAUCUUGCACUAUUCGGAGUUGCCUGGCCACUGGUGCCGCUUGGGUUCCUGCUAAAUAAUUGGCUGGAACUGCGAGGGGACUUCUUCAAGCUCACGCUGGAGUGUCAACGACCACCACCAAUCCGGUCGGACUCGAUCGGCCCAUGUCUACUGGGGCUGGAUUUGUUGGCUUGGAUGGGAACUCUAUCCACAGCAGCCAUUGUGCAUAUCUACCAGGGUCCUAUUUCUGAGGUACAACUCUCCUCGCUUCUGUUAACGUUGUUCGUUGCCGAGCAGGUCUACCUGGGGAUGCGAUUCACUGCCUCUACAGCCCUCGAGAAGAUCUUUUCGGGUACGACCCGAAGGGAAGAAGCUAGUCGCUAUGCAGUACGCAAGAAUUAUCUUGCCGCCAGUCUGGCGAGAAACUCAUCCCCCAGUUCCGGUUCCCAGGGCUCGCCGAACGGUCGGACCCGUCACCGGGUGCGUUUCAACGAGCGAGUUAAUGUGUAUAGCUCGAAUGAAAAGGACCCGUCGAACAACGAUACUCCAUCUGUGUCCAAAGAGGAACCGGGGAAUGAUAUGCUUCGUGGGUCUGACCGUGAAGCCCAGUUUUGGAGCGUGCAUUCGGGGGACAUGGCAGAUAUAGGCGUGAAGCUAAUUCUUGCAUUAAGCACAUCCACAGCAGGGAAUGAGACCAAGGUUUCAAAAGAGGCCUGA